AUGAAGAAGACUUAUCACAUCACUCCUGUUUUAAAAAAGUUGCACUGGUUUCCUGUUAAUGACAGAAUACCGUAAAAUUCCGAAAAUAAGCCCCAGGGCUUAUAUUUUUCAAAGGCCCUUUUUGAGGGGUUUAUAUUCGGAGGGGCUUAUCUAAGGAGGGAAAUUUGCGUUUCACAAUCGAUAGGGCUAGCCUUACAGUUGGAAGUAAAUUUAUUGUUUUUCCUUUGUUUUACCUUGUAUUUGAGGGCAAUUUUCCAAGUACAAGCCCCCGGGGGGCUCAUAUUUGGAGGGGCGAGUUAACGGAGGGUUUUUUGCGUUACCGGUUUUGGGGG